GUCUCAAGAAAUUGCAAAGAAAAUAAAUAUUAAAACUCAUCCAUGAACUGGUUUCGAAUUUGGAUGGGUUCCACCAGUUAGACAAACAAUUGAGAGAAAAAAAAUGAUGAUUUCAGUUUUGGGUUCAAAGCUUCAAACUCAGCGACAGUUCAACCUCCAGGGCUACAUCGAUGGCUCCGUCGUCCCCCUCUCCGACGACGACGACGAAUGGUUCCAACUUGACGCUGUCCUCGAGGGUCGGAUUCUCUCCACCAUCACUGAUGAAGUAUCAGAUCUGGUAAUCUCCUCUGUCUCUACUGCCUCUGCUCUCUGGAAGGUCGUCCACGACCUGUUCCACGACAACAAACAUGCCCGAGCCAUGCAGUUGGAGCAUGAAUUUCGCACAACAGUCAAGGGCAACUCCACCAUGGCGGCUUAUUGUCAACAACUGCAGAACCUUGUCGAUUGGUUGGAUGAUGUCGAUGCACCAGUCUCCCAACACCAGCUCGUCCUUCAAAUGCUUCGUGGUCUCCCUGCCGAUCUCCAGGCACAAACAGCUUUCAUGCAAUUUCAGGAUCCCAUGCCUACGUUUCUGCAGGUUCGCUCUGCCGUCAUGCUACUGGAUCAGCAACGGACGAGUCCCUCCGACUCGGGCACCACGGCGUUCCUCAUGACCCGAGCCGGCGGCAACUCUCACGGCGGCAAUCACGGUGGUACUCCCGGCGGCUAUGGCGGACAGCAUGGCGGCAACGGCUAUAGGGAAGGCAACUCCAGUCAACGUGGAGGCUAUGGACGAGAACAAGGCCGUGGCGGUGGAAAUCGGGGCCGAGGAUCGUCGGACGGGCACCGUGAUGCAUCGAUCCAAUAAUAUUGGACCCCUCUACCCCCUAGGAUUCCUAGCUGCCGCUCAAGCCAACGUCGCCGCUGUCGAUCUCCAGACCCGGCACCGGCGCCUAGGCCAUGCGAGUCACAAUGUCCUUAGCAAUUUUCUUCUCUUCCUUUUUUUAAACGUUAUCAACAUUCUCGAUGUCAUGCAUGUCAAUUGGGAAAGCAUGUGCGCCUCCCAUUUUAUUCCUCUAGUCGUGCUUCCAUGUAUCCGUUUCAACUUUUACAUGCAGAUUUAUGGCAGUCUCCUGUUCUGAGUAUUACUUGUUUUAAAUUUUAUAUGUUAUUAUUGGAUGAUUUCUCUCACUAUCUUUGGGUUUUUCCUUUAAGACAUAAAAGUGAUGCUUUUAAUAAUUUAACCUCUUUUGU